GAAGAAAAGUAGAUUUUUUUUUGUUUUCACUUAUUUUAAUGAGUGAAAGGGAUUUAGCUCCACAUAUUAAAGAAACUUGGGGAUGAGUCAGAGGGCGCUAUGCUAAGCAAGCUAGCGCACACGAAUUUUAUGCGGAAGUGAACAGCGGUUUCUGUACCAUUGAUAAAUUGUGAUCAAUGGGAAUUGGUAUAUGGUCUGAAAUACAUGUAUAGAUAUGCUGUAUCUGGCUGAAAGCAAUGGGUUCACUCAACUUCCUGUCGGUGGCGUUAUAUUAAAGGUUUAGAGCUAACUGGGCGAGAAGGAGUUAGCAAAUUCAAAAUGGCUUCCCUCCUUCUUGUCGCCUCCGCUCACCAGCUCAUUUUGUGUGCCUUUGGCGUAGAAGACAAAGCAUGCGCUGGUGGCAAAAGGUUGGAGAUGUACAACUCGGUUCAAUUGCAAGUGAUGUCCUAUGGCGUUCUUGGUCCUCUUUGCAUCGUUUGAUUAGAAGUUUAGGCUAUCGUUUGUAUAUUGAUGGUAUUUUGAUCAGUCGAAAACUAAACCGGUAGGGGAAUACCAACAACGUCAAUAUGGUGGGGGAGGGGAAGUGGGUAGUCACUUGGGUGGAGCUACAUUUAAUUUGAGAUGGAGGCGGAUCAAUUAGAUUUUUACAUGUGGCAUAUUUCAUGUGCCACCUUAACUGGCUUGGGGGGUUAUAUUGGGUGGGAUUUUCGAAAUGUCCGAAUGAGCGACUUGGGAACCAUUUCUUCACCUGUAUUUGAGUGACAUGAUAUAGUUAAUGGGUAACGUUUCUUCUGGCCUGUAGAGGGCGAAAGGAGCACAGUACGGAGUUGUUGCCAGGGCUGACGAAUCUCCCAGCAGGAAAUAUUAUGGAUUUUUGCCACGGGUACAGAUCCUCAGCUGAUCUAGGCCGCCAACAGUGAAAAUUCACGACCUAUCCGAAACCAAGUUCUUAUGUAAAUUAUUGCAAAAUCCGUUACGCAUUCUGGGAUAUCGGUAUAUUUGCUGGCUAGCAGCUGUUAGAAGCCCAGCCAAUUUGGACAGAGUAGUACCAACCGUUUACUUAAUUGUUAGAAUGAAGUUUGUUAUAUAACCGCCACAUGCAGUAACUGUACACUUUGAAUUUUACUGUAGUCCAUUUAUGUGACGUUUAUUCCAAAAUGCUUACUUUUGAAUGCCCUUUACACACUUCCCCAAUGUAACUGCAAUCUCAUCAAUAUCAUGUUGAACAUGAGCAAUUGUUUGUCAAUUAAAUUUGCAUGCAAUUCUCCUUUUGCUGCCAGGUUGUUACUUGUGUCCAUUUAGCAGUGAUAUAAUUUUUUUUUCUUUUCUUUUUCUUUUUCUUCUUUUUUUUGCUGUGAAUGUGGUCCUUUUCCAGGUUUGCAGUGGCUGUUCCAUAGUUCGGAGAUUAACUAAGUCUGUCCAUGUAAUUUUCUCCUUACUUCAUAAUAAAUUCCUAUUUUUCAUUUUGUUCUCAAUUUCAGUGGUGUGCCACUUUGGCUGCUUAAAUUUUAGAGGCACAAAUUAUUAAACAAUUGAUUAUUCCUUCAUAUUCUCACAAUUCUUUAUAUAUCCCUAGAUACGUACUCCCCAUGUACACUUUUUUGACAGUCAACUGCACAAACUCAAUACUUGAGAAGAAAGGACGGUGUGAAUAUUGAGCAGUUGAAUGAAUUUUACCGAAUUUUACACCCCCCCCCUAAUAGUUGUUAAUCUAUUGGGACUUUGCAGGUGUUGUAUUGAUCAACAUUUGUAGUGACGGCCUCCAGAAAAUCUGUUUGCGACUGAGAUGUUUGUGCACCAUUUGGCACAGGAAUGGAUUCAUACUUGCUAAAUUUUACUGUUUUCUUCCAUUUCAGAAAAAUGGCAGAAGUGAGUGCCUCUGUGUUUUGUAUGUAGGUGCAGGGUUGUCUUGGCAGAUAUAGGAGAGAAAUGCUUACCGACUCAGAUCUUUUAAUGUUUUGUUGUUGCAUCUAACUUGCUUUUGAUUUCAGUUAAAAGCCCUACAUGUGUUUUUUAAAACAUUGCAGUACAUUUUGUCUUUGCAAAUUUCUGCAGGCAGGGUAAGAUACGGAGUGCACACUGUUGCACACACCCAAUGCAUUCAAUCUUAAUGGCGGUUGUAGCUUUUAGUCCAGUUCUUGUAUUGUGAUGUCACUUCAGUGCUGGGAUGUCGGACUUGUCAGGUAGGACAAAUUCCCAUGCCUUCACUGAGACCUAUCUGCCCUGCUCUGUUGCAUCCAGUGUACACAUAGAUGUGGGGAUGUACUUUAGGCCUCUUAUAUGACCAGGGCGUUAAGAAAAGUAGAUUUCCACCCAUCAAUCCCUAUCUUUGCUUGCCUGCAAUUAAUGAAUUCAAAACAAAAUGGAAGAAUACUGAUUUUUGUCAAGGCAAGAAAUCCAGUAGCUUUUUGCAUUCAGAUUGUUUUUUUUUUUUUUGUUUUUUUUUAGUUUCCCCAUAUCUACCUUCCCCUUUGAAAUUCCUUCCAUUCCCCUAGUGACUUUUACACGUGGGUGAGUAGUAAUGGCUAAGAAAACACACAUGCCCUUGCGUCAUUUUCACGGACACAGAGUAACACUGGAUGUAAUAUUCACUGACGUGCUGGUUACUGUCAUGUGUUCUCUCUGCUUUAGCUGCAUGUUUGUUACUUUUAGGCUCCAGCAGCCCUGGUUGGCUGGCCCCGUGACUGGAGGCAAGUGUCCAACACUCGUUUCAAUUCUAGAUGAACCUUACUUCUGACUGGCCUAAAAUGUGCAGAAAGAGUGCAGAACAAAAGCUGUUUGUCGCUAGUACAAAGGUACUGAAGCGCUGCGCUCUGGAGGAAGCUGCUAUGUUAAAUCCUGUGCCUCUCAACAGGAAAGAACAAACAUGUUUCCAAAGGGCACGAAACGCAAAUUUUCCGACGCCAGCGACGAACCGUCUGACGAGCACCCGGCGAGUGUCAAGAUGGCGUCGUCCUACAACCUGCAGCGGCAGUCCCUGCUGGACAUGUCCCUGAUCAAGCUGCAGCUGUGCCACAUGCUGGUGGAGCCCAACCUCUGCCGCUCCGUGCUCAUCGCCAACACCGUCCGGCAGAUCCAGGAGGAGAUGACGCAGGACGGCAGCUGGCAGAUCAUGACCGAGGCCCUCAACGCCGCCCAGAGCCCGGCUGACCGCCUGGUGGCCACCGAGAUCCUGUGCCGGCCGUCGGUACGGGACCAGGACGAGGAGCCAAAACCCUUCUCGGUCAUCGGUUACGAGGCGUGCCACUCGGAAGAGGUGGUGGUGGACGACACCCUGUGUUCGGUCUCCCCCGAGACGCCUUCCACGUACAUGCCCGGCAGCUUAGGCAUCGGUCCCUGCUGGGAGGAAGAGGACCUGAAGGAGACCAGCGAGGAGGAUGAGGACGACGACGACGACGACGAGGACUGCGGUCUGAGGUCGGGAGACGAUGAAGAGCGGUUGGAAGAGGACUCCAAGACCACAGAGCAGGUCUUUGGCACAUUUGAGAUCAAGAAUCCUGUGCCCAGUCCAGACCCUGCUCUGGAGGAGCUGUUCUCGGAUGUUGACGCCUCUUAUUAUGACUUGGACACUAUGCUGACGGGUAUGCAGAGCACGCCCAAAAUGGGACCGUACGACCUUCUGGAAAGUCUGUCCUCACACGGGCCAUCGUCCAUCAGCUCCAACUCCAGCUGUCGGCCCGACCUUAAUGAACUGGACCACAUCAUGGAGAUCAUUGUGGGCUCGUAAACAGGACCUUCACAUAGACUAUAAAGAUGUGUCCACAUGUAUCUCUGUGUGUGUAUACACUCACUUACAUGGAAGGCGUGUUAAAUCAAGAACCCUCUCUUAACAAAGUUCGAUAUUUGUGCAGUGGGUUGAGAUUCAACGGGCUGGCCAUUAUAAUGUCAUUUACAUACUUUCUGUAUGUUUCCUUUUUGUAUGUGCGCUUUUUUAAAAACUAUUGGUUAUAUGUUUUUUUAAUUUAUUGUCACAUUUACUUUGGAAUGUCAUUACACUACACAAAUCAUGAACAGAACACGUCAUAUACCAGAACUUCUAAAGCAACACAUAUUUUCCUAAAAAAAAAGAAAGAAAAAAGAUUAAAAUAUAUAUACAUGUAUAUAUAAAUAUAUAUUUUUACAACACAUCUUGGGAACUGUUACAGUACUUUGAAAAGAAAUCUUGCUUCAUUUGAUUGUCAACAAACAAGAGUUUAAGAAAAAAAGACUGUUCCAUUGUGUGCAGAUCCUGCCAGUGUCUUAAGGUUUGGUGUCAGGUAUGAACGGAAAAGGGGUUAAAGUAUUUGGAUUUGCAAAGCAAAUGGUGAAAGGCACCUUAUUCUGUCAGUGCUUUGGUAAUAUUCACAACCUUUUCUCUCAAGCGGGACACCCAAGAGUCAAACAGAAACAUCUGAAUUAGGUUUGGUUAGCGCCUGCUUUGUUAUGCUUUAAGAAGCCAUAUGUUCUUAUAUUUGUAUUGUUACAAAUGAAGAAUUAUGGGUCUGACCCAGAUAAGUUAUUACCUUUUUUAUUUAUUUUAUUUUAUUUAUUGACUGGAAUUAAGUCAUAGUUUGGAGUUUUAUUCAACUCAAGGUAGAACCAGCUUUUCAGUUAAUUUAAGGUCUUUUCUAAUUAGACAUGUAUACCUAUCAUUCCUCAUCUAAGGGAUGUGUGGUCCUCCAUUUUCUAUGCAGUUAGUGUUACACAAUGUCUUAAACAGUAUUCAAGUAUAGAAAAAUCAAACGGUGGUUAAUAAUGUUUUUUAAUCAUUGACUUGUUUUUAAAAAUCUUAAGAGAUACUCCAAAUUGUCACUUAUUAUGGCUAAGAGAUUACUCAGGCAAACAUUUUUUUUUUGUUGUCAAAACAGCCAGUAUUAUCAAAGUCACAAUACCAUACUCUUGAUUGAUGUCAUUGCAGUGUAACCUGCAAGUCAAACCCAGAAUUAAAAUCUAGAACAUUGGCAUUUAAUACCUUAAUUGGAGUAGAUAUAUGCAUUUUAUAUACAUUGUAGCAUUUUGUAAAUAUUUUUUAAUAAAAGGUACAAAAUAUUAAAAA